CAAAUUAAGCUGAUGUUUCACGUACAGGGUUCCUAUUGUAUAUAAAUAAGGUGUGUACCUAAAAUUUGAUCGAAGGAAUUUAUAAUGGCCGAUAUUAAUGCAGGUGAGAGGGACGAUGCACGGGCACCAGUAGGUCCACGGACCCUUUUUACUGAAUUUCAUGAAGACAGGGGACUGCCAAUUCCUCCUGUUGAAUCAGCAGAACCCAGCUCUGAAGAAGAGGGUGGGGUUUUCUGUAUCCAAAGUGAAGAUUAUGAAAUAAUCUUUGUUCCAACACCACAAUUCAAACACAUGAAACCCGAAAUGUAUAGAGCCAUCACAAUGGGAAAUACGGAUGGAUUCCAAGUUGAAGAAGAAGAUGCAACAUACAAUAAAUUAAUGAUGAUGAGUGGCCGUGGGAACACAAGUCUCCAUGUAGCAGCCAGUUUAGGCCAUUCCAGCCUCGUGGAACUCAUACUCCGCCGCUGUCCAAACCUCAUCUUCAACAAAAACCCCUCUGGCGACCUUCCUCUCCAUUUGGCUGCUGCUGCUGGCCAUCAGGCUAUUGUCGAGACUCUGGUUCGUCACGCAAAAGUGCAUCCCGCUCCUUCGCAGGUGCUGGAUAUACUUGUCCAAGAAAAUGAGGAGAAAAAUACUGCAUUGCAUCUUGCCAUGAAAAAUCAUCACUACAGGUUGGCUAUUUCCUUAGUUCAGAUGAAUUCAGAAGCCACCAUACAACUAAACCGGGAAGAAGUUUCUCCCUUGUAUAUGGCCGCUGAAGCAGGCCAUGUGGAGCUUGUGAACCUUAUGCUCAACAGUAGACCAGCUCAUGAUAUGGGAGUCUUCAAAGGCAAGUCACUUGUUCAUGCUGCCAUUAAAGCAAGGAACAAAGAUGUCUUAGAUGCCAUAAUGAAGUACCAAUCAUCUAACUUGCCAACAAAUGUCUUAGAUAUGAUAAUGAAUCACCAAGCAACUUACACGGUUAGGUUCAUGAAUCGAAGGGCUUCUUACUGUAUUUCAUUCGAUGAUGGAGUGAAGACUUCAUUUUGUAUCGUUCUACUUGAUGAAGAAUUGAGAACUCCUCUUUCCUUUGCAUCCUCCAUUGGUUACCUUGAAGGUGUUUGCUACUUCUUACACAAAACUUCUGAUGCAUCAUACACAACAGACAUGGAUGGCUCAUAUCCCAUUCAUAGGGCAUCCAUGGGAGGCUAUGUCAAGAUUAUAGAGGAGUUUAUCCGACGCUGCCCUGACUCAAGGGAAUUGCUGGACAGAAAAGGUAAAAAUAUUCUUCAUGUGGCUGCUGAGAGUGGGAAAUCGAAUGUUGUAAGAUACAUUCUUGAGACAUCCGAGCUUACCAUGCUAAUUAAUGAGAGAGAUAAAAAUGGAGACACCCCACUGCAUUUGGCCACUAGGAAUGGGCAUGCUCGGGUUGUUAGUAUCAUGACAUGGGACAAGAGAGUAAACUUGGAGCUUGUAAAUGCUCAAGGCCUGACGGCUUUGGAUGUUGCAGAGAAUCACCCUGAGACAACACCCUCAUAUCAAAAGCGGCUGACGUGGUUAGCCUUGAGAUAUGCUGGCGCACCACGAGCUAAGCAGCAUGGUAGUACAGUGACGAUCAGGCAGCGUCAUGCGCCACCAAACAUGGAAAGUUAUAAAGACAGGGUGAACACACUGUUGUUGGUGGCGACACUGGUGGUCACCGUGACCUUUGCGGCCGGUUUCACAAUGCCUGGAGGAUAUAACAGUUCUGAUCAAGAUUCGCGCCAAGGCAUGGCAAUUCUGGUUAAAAAGCCUAUGUUCCACGUCUUCCUCAUAAGUAAUACCAUAGCUAUGUAUAGUUCCAUCAUUGUUGCCAUUCUUCUGUUAUGGGCAAUGUUGAAUGAUAUAAGAUUGGGUCUUGCUUGCCUCAAAUUAGCAGUGCCAUUGUUGGGACUAUCUCUUUCGCUAGUCUCCUUGGCUUUUAUGGCAGCUAUUUGUCUGGUAGUGAGCAACCUUACUUGGCUUUCCAUUCUUGUUCUAAUAAUAGGCUCACUCUCUCUCCUUACCCUUUUGGUACUAAUUGUUCCACUCGCCUUCCCUUAUUCCUUGAACCAUCGCAUCCCUCGCUACAUCAUCCGCUAUCCCUUUUAUCUUUUGAUUUUAGUAAUUGAAAGAAUCAAUACCAAGAAAUAAUCAGAUGCAUGCCCUCAAUGCAAACUUUGGUUGUAUGACCUAAGAACUCAUCUGUUGGGUGGCCCUGUUGCUGUGCUUUUUAGUCUUGGAAGGUUGGAUUGGUGUCCUUGUUCGUUAAGAGUAUUUGCAUUGGCAGUUUGUGUGUGUGUGGUUUGUGUACGUGUGUUCGGAAAUGGGAUUGUUCUAAUCCCUUUUACUCUUUCUGUUGUUUAGUUUUUAUUUAUAAAUGCCUUGUGUUGUAGUGAUGCCGACAUGAUUAAUUGGAAUGACAUCUAUCAAUAAUGAUUUUCUGGGUUUUGUCUA